UGAAAUUUGUUCUACGUGUCAGUUGGCCAGCUUAGCUGUGUUGUGCACUUUUUUGGGGUUGUGGUGGUUGGUGGUUGGACCACCACUUCAUUAUUACUACUAUCCCGGAGAAGUAAACAACUUAAUUCCUUCACAAUUUCCUUACUUCCAACAAUUCGAGAACUACUAUAGGCCUCCAAUGGACAGUCCUGAAGAGUUCAUGUUUCCUCCAUCGCCCAACAGUAUUCAGAGUGACAGUGACAAUUCUUUGUCAAGCGUAGAAAUAUCACCAAGACCCAUCGAAGUGAAAAAACCGGUGCCCAAACUGCAAGAAAAGAUCGAAUCGAGAUGCUGCUGGAAGAACUGCGGAAUAGCAUUUCAAAGUUUGGAUGAACUAGCAGCACAUGUUUCAAAGGUUCACGCGGUUGGUGGUCCAGGAGGACUGUUUUAUUGCGGUUGGGAAGGAUGCACCAGAGACAACAAAGGCUUUAACGCAAGAUAUAAGAUGUUGGUACAUGUGAGGACGCACACUAAUGAGAAGCCCCACAAAUGUAACAUUUGCGAAAAGUCAUUUUCCCGCGCCGAAAACCUGAAGAUCCAUUUGAGAUCGCAUAGUGGCGAGAAGCCCUACGUUUGUACGGUACCUGGAUGUAACAAAGCAUAUUCGAACUCCAGCGACAGAUUUAAGCACACCAGAACGCACCAGGUGGACAAACCUUACCAGUGCAAAGUGCCAGGCUGCCCCAAAAGGUACACGGACCCAAGCAGUUUACGAAAACAUGUCAAAACAUACAAACACUUCGUAAAUGAAAAACAGCAAACGGCUGCGGUGCCGGUGGAAGUUCAAAAGGCAGAAGAAAGGUUGUCCCCCAAAUCGAUAGAAGCGGACGAAAACGAAUUGCAUCCCUCCAAAUGCAGCCGUGACAUGUGCUAUAAUAUAAAUCAGACAAAAGACUUUUUAAGUUUAGACAAUAUCUUAAAUUUAAAGAAAGAAGAGAAAGUCAUAAAAUGGAACAGAACUUGCUUCUUUCCGUCCCCAUAUGAAGAUCCUCGAAAUCAUGCCAUGGAUAUAGAUCUGCCGUUGGAUCUCAGUAUUCAUCGGCAGAGAGUUUAAUAUUUAUCAGUAUUAUUUUUGUGUGUUGUAUUUUUGAGUUGUAUUUUUUAAGUAUAGCAAUACUGAUUUGUGAUA